UUAGAGGACAAAUUACUCGUAAUAACAACGUUAACGUAUUCUAUAAGGCUUUUACCUUCGUACCAAUCAAGGCACUGAACCAAAAAAAGGCCCGUACUGGUAGAACUGGUGGCUUUGUCAGGGGUAUUCGGAUAAGAGUUUACCGACGCCAGAGUACCCAACUCCGCUUCGGUCGUGAAUCAACAAAUUAUGUCAUACACGACGGGGCAUUACAUGAAGGCCGUACCCUUCCGGCCGAAGCGCAACGCAUGCCUGAAGCCAGAUGGCGGUCAUAUCUCUGCUACCCAACCCGCCGCCAUCAAGUUACGAUGCGAAAGCGGCGCGUCUUGUAGCUCCAGCCACUUUGCGGCUAUGGAAGUUCAGCUUGUCCUUUGUCGCCGGCACGUCAAAAAGUCAUCUGAUGGUGCCUCCAUCGUCUUAGGCCCGCAACCUGAUACUGAAGAAGAAGGGUCCGCGCUAGACUUUCCGGAGGAGUACGUAAGGGCCGUUCCAAGUCGUCGACCCGAUAUCUUUCCCGAUCUGAAAGAGCCGAAGCAACCGAUGCCAAAUCCAAUGCCCGCUGAUCCAGAAAUGCCCGAUGAAGAGGAGGAGGAGGAGGAAAGAAAGAAAAGCCCAGGUGAACCCGGAACAGAUCCAGACGAAGAUGAGGAUAAUCCCAAACCAGCCAAGAAAGAUGACGAAGAGGAUGCGUAGUUCGUCCACGUUUGGCGCCAUCGCAAGUUCGGCAUGCCAUACCUGACAACAUGUCCAAAAGGUGUAGAUGUUCCAAGCUGCAAAACCCAGCGGUUGAAGCCAUGAUUCAAGUCCUUAACAGAGUACUGUUUCACGCGAACUAGGUUGUUCUUAUUUGUUUUGAAAAGAAAUCGUGCGCUUCAAUCACACUUUAUGUUGGCAUAACACGCUGCCCACUUGACAAGAAUGCCGAGAUUCACCUUUCAGCCGUGGACAAGACUGGUCAAGAUCUACGUGCUUUUUGACCAUAUGAGUGGUGUCUUGAGAGCUCUGCCUCCGGUCAGAGGAACACUUUCAGGCUAGGGCAUUCCUUGAAUACUUUCCGAAGGCCGUUGCCAGCAAAUUGUUAGACUGGAUGAGCACACA